CGCAUCAGACCGUCUCGAGCGCGCGGCUUGAGAACUUCGACAGGUUGUCUCACUUGCAGAAAGAGACGCGUCAAGUGUGACGAAGGCAAACCUAGAUGUGUCCAAUGCUCCAAAUCAGAUCGAGAUUGUCGCUAUGCACAGCCGAACGACUCUGAUCAAGUGGACCGGGAUGUUUUCGAGGCCGCCGAGUUGCGCGAGAUUGCUGUCCGCGAAGCAUCCUGCAGCGGGGACAGUCCGAGCGCCACUCAAGGGACGGUCGACACGGAGAAUCCUCAACACAGUGUCGAAGGAGGCUACGCGGAUACCCUCCCGGUUUCAUUACUCAACAUCUCGCCAUUUGAAUGGUACGACCUUCUAGCGCAGGAUGCCAUCUCCCAGAUUCAGCGAUGGAACGAUACCUCGAAUGGUGAACCUCGGUGGAACUUUGACGAAAGCACGUUAUCUCGCCGGCAGUCGCCGGCCCCAAUAUCUACAGAUGCCGGCUCCCACUCCCAUCACCGCCACAACGAUAUUCUCAGUACUUCUUUAAUCGAUCAUGGCCUGGCGGAAAAACCAUGGAAUACGACCGAAAGCAUCGAACUAUCUCCAGAAGACCUCGGUUUCUUUCGUUACUACACCGAGAUUGUUGGGCCGAUCCUCGAUCUGUUUGACCAAGGGCGCCACUUCACCAACAUGGUGCCUCAUCUCGCACUACGCAAUUCGGGACUAUUGAAGGCCAUUCUUGCGGUUGCGGCCAAGCACAUGUCUCUUGGUCUCAAAGCCAGGCAGCGGCAAGAUGACGGCAGAAACUCGAGCGAGAACAGUUCCUCAUCACCACCAGAAGCAACAAGUAGCGGCCGACCACAGGAGCGCGAUCAAAGUCCAGCACACAUGGCCACGCAGUACUACUAUGAGACUCUCCAGUAUCUCUCGCAGACCCUUCUCUAUCCAUCUUACGCCAAAUCCCACGAGAUCUUGGCCACGGCCAUAAUGAUCAGCACAUACGAGAUGUUUGACGCUGACGGAACCUCAACAAGCGGAAAUUGGGAACGCCACUUGCGAGGCGCAUUCUGGAUACAACGUUCCCAGGAUAACGACGGCGAGUCCAUUGACGGAUUAAGGCGGGCCGUAUGGUGGGCGUGGCUUCGGCAGGACAUCUGGGCGGCCUUCCGAGCAGGGAGGCCGACUCUCACGAUAUGGAGGCCCUGGAAGAGACUUGAGGAUCUUGACUCGGAUGAGCUCGCGACGAGAAUGGUCUACAUCUGUGCCAAAUGCGUCGAGUUUGCCGCCCUGGACAAGACUUCGCCUGACCAAGACAUACGACAAAGGAUUGAACAUGGCAACAAACUUCUUCAAGCACUUGAAGAUUGGAAUCGUAUUCUUCCAAGCUCGUACAGGCCGGUCACUUCGGCGACCGGAUCUCAGACCAAGUUCCAGUCUAUAUGGUUUCACCCGCCCAACCACGCUGGCGCGAUACAAAUGUACCAUUUCGCCAAAGCUGUCGUACUGCUAAACCAGCCCACAACAGGCGGUCUCAACGCGUACCGCCAGCGUCAGAAAUGUCUCAACGAAAGUCUACACAUGGUCUGUGGCAUUGCCAACGCCUGUAGGGAGGGGGAGCCUGCUAUGGCGUUUGUCAAUGUCCAGGCCAUAUUUGCUGUUGGCCAAUGCGUUCAAAUGCCAGAGAAGCAAGCUGAACUACUCGAAAUUUUGGGCAGGAUGUUGGAGAUAAGCAAGUUUCCCGCUUCAGGGCUCGUUGAGGAGCUAAAAAGCGUUUGGAAGGAAUGA